AUGGCUAGUAUAAGAGCACUUUCCGCCCAAGUGGAUAACAAUGUACCAAUCGGUGGUACACCCUCUUGCAUUGUCUACCCUGCACCAGCAGAAGGGAAAGAGGGAGAUUUCGAGUUGAGAGGUGGAUUCCUCCACCAAUUACUGAAGUUCUAUGGUUUACCAAAUGAAGAUCCGAACAAACAUCUGAAGGCUUUUGAAUUUGUGUCCGCAAGCAUGUGCCCUAAGAACGCAGAUAUGCAAAUUCUGAAGUUAAAAGCAUUUCCAUUCUCCCUCGAGGAUCACGCAAAGUCAUGGCUAUUCGAUUUGCCAUCUGGGCAUAUCGAAUCAUGGGAUGGAAUGAAAACAGAGUUCUUGACCAAGUACUUUCCAGCUUCAAAGAUCACUAUAAUGAGGAAGCAAAUCACCGGAGUUCAACAAGGAGUGGAUGAGACAUUUUGUCCCUUCUACCAAAGGUUCAAAGCACUUCUGGAGGGAACUUUGUGGAUAAAAUGCCUCAAGAAGCAUGGACACUACUUGAGAACCGAGCAUUGA